UUUGCCGCCUGGCCAAAGCCGAAGGCCUGAUGUUCGCUUCCCAAUCGGAUCUUGGCAAGGCGAAGGCCGAACCAGAAAACAAGAAGACGGCGUUUAAAAGCGCCGCCUUCCACCUCAUUUUGCCGUUCAUGGCAUACUUCAAGGGCAUCUGCCUGACGACGAUCGACUGCAGGGAGCACAGCCUGCUGAAGAUGGUUGGGUACAUGUGGGGUGAAUGGGACCAGGAGCGACCCAUCACCCAGACCGAGCUCUCGAAGGAGGUUGCCGUUUUCGUAGCGCCCAUGAAGUCGACGACGUGGCGCGUAACACGGGCCGCGCUCCGCACAAGCAUGUUGGCCAUGCUAAAGAAGGUCACCCACGAUCACACGGAGGACGAUGGCUCGCCAGGACGUGAGAUCACGUCGGCCUACAUUGCAGAUACAAUGACCACCCAAAUGGAGCGGCAGAUUCUGCAGCCGACGAUGGAGGUAGCUUUACAGGAGAUGGAGCUGUACGUCUCCCGGGAUGUCAUCAACGCCAGGAGGCUAACGCCAGGCCAUAAAACCUCGGACAAGACCGACCCCGACAAGUACCGCACCUUCCCCGUGGUCAAAGAAUUCCUGGAGAAGGCCUUUGGUGGAAAGCACAGCGGCGGCGACAAGUACCAUGUCAUCCGCGAAACGUAUGUUGCUAUUGUUUCGAUAACCUGACUGUAACUCUGUGACACUGGCGUAUUUAUCAACCCAUCCCUGCCUCCCGCGGCGUUCGUAAGUUUAUUUGUCUGCACAACAGCGGUCCUGCAAGGUCUGCCCCAAAGUUUUUACGAUUGGUUACUUCUUCUGUGGCUUGUCUCCCGCUCAAGUGUUCAUUAUUUCGCCGCAGGUUUAGGGGGGGCUGUAGCCGCUCCUAUGCAUGAGUCGAGACGCAUUUGGUUGACAAAAGGUUUUUGAGUGAUGAAUCUCCCGCACGUUUAUAAACUGGCGGUAUAAUCGUUGUUCUUAUAUCAGCUUCUGGGCCAAGUACAUGGAAUUCGGUGAGGAAUACCUUGGCGACAUCCCCGAGCCCGACAGCAUUCGAAGUGCGGAGGAUGCGAGGCGCUACCUCAAGCCAUACCUAUUCGAGGACAAGGGAGAGGGCGGAGGGUCGCAGGGGAACCGGCGAAGGGGGUCCCAGGAAAACGGGGGCGGAGGUUCCCAGGAGAACGGGGCCAGAGGGUCCCAGGAAAACGGGAGCGGAAGGUCCCAGGAGAACGGGGGUGGAGGCGGGGAUGAAGACUGGGGUGGAGGCACCGACAAAGACGGAGACGGGGAUGGUUCAUCUCCGGGUCAGAACAGGGGUGGUAAUCGUGACGACGCGGAGUCCGAAUCCUCGGUGGAACUCUAAGCCGUGUGCCAAGGUCCAGUCGCCCGGAUUUCCACUGCUUCGUCGUGUAACGCAU